AUGCCUCAGGCUCCUUCGACAAGGUGGUGCCCGACACCAGAGCAGCUGAUGAUGCUGGAGGAGAUGUACAGGGGCGGCCUCAGGACUCCAAAUGCCUUGCAGAUACAGAGCAUAACUGCCCAUCUCUCAUACUAUGGGAAGAUAGAGGGCAAGAACGUGUUCUACUGGUUCCAGAACCACAAGGCAAGGGACCGGCAGAAGCUCCGGAAGAGGCUCAACAGACACCACCAGAUGCUUCCACAGCAGCACUAUCUCGCCCAACAGCCCUUUCCUACUAACCACCAGAUAGAGGCGUCCUAUGGAUUUCUGCGCCAGGCCUCGCCCCAGUUUCUUCAACAGGUCUUCACCUCUCUCUCCCCCCCCUCUCUCCAUCCCUUUCUUGCUUAAUGAUAGAUAAGAGACUCUGCAGUCCGUUAUUUUAGGGUUUUACCUCUCACGGGUUUUCAUGUCCAUCUAUCGAGAUCUCCUCGAGUUAUCUGUCAGCACAAAGAAGUGGAAAGGGAUUCUAGGGUUUCAGUUGCCUGAUAAAAUUUUGCGCUUUCUUAUAGUCCGCACGAACUCCUUCCGUUUUCCUCUCCAUCAUCAUAUUCUUCUUCUUCUUCUUCUUCCGUCGUCGUCGUCGUCGUCGUCGUCGUCGUCGUCGUCGUCGUCGUCGUCCUCAUCGUGGACAUGGGGAAAUUUAUUAUGUAUUCUUUCCUGGAUGCGUAGGGUCUUCGCGAGGAAGUAGCCGAGGCGAUGAGCCUGAUUAGCAAGCAUGGAAGGUGCGAGAGAGAGGAAGAGCAGCAAAGGUCAGUGGAGACGAGCCCCAUGACUUCUGGGUACGAGUGGAGGAUGUUGACGGGAGCAAGUACGGGAGCUCCCUCUUCUUGCAGGCCUCUGAGAACCCUGGAUCUUUUCCCCACCCGAAUAACUGGCCUUAGAGGGGACGGCAUCGGCUCUAAGUCCUCUUCCUGCUCCGCGUCGACUAAGUAG